AUGCUCUGUGCUAAUUGGUUGACAGUCGACUUCUUCAGACACCACGUUGAUGCAUCACCACCGUUGGCGUGCUUCCUCAGCCAUGUCCACAGCGAUCACCUCUCCGGGCUCGAGACUCUCCGAUCUCCCUUUGUCUACUGCUCUGCAGCAACCCGGGAGAUCUUACUGCGGCUGGAGCGAUACCCCUGUCGCAUAAACUACGCCAGGGGCAUUCUGGAGGCACGGCAGCAGACUUACAGGCAUCUAAGUAAGGUUAUUCUGAUUCUCGAGCAGAAGCCGCUUCCACUGGAAUCUCCAACCACAAUCGAACUCCAGCCUGGAAACUGCAUUCAAGUGACGCUGUUUGAUGCGAACCACUGCCCUGGCUCUGUCAUGUUCUUGAUUGAGGGUCGUGGUAAAGCGAUACUGUAUACUGGGGAUCUGAGAUGCGAGCCGUGGUUCGUCAAUUCCAUCACGAGAAGCCCAGUUCUCAUCGAGUAUACUUGCGGCAUCAAGACUAUAGACACCAUAUAUCUCGACACGUCCUUCGUGAACGACAUUCAGUUUCAGACGAAAGCCGAGGGAAUCGCACAGUUACUACACAAGGUCACCAGAUAUCCAAAAGAUACAGUCUUUUACAUUCAAGCCUGGACUUAUGGCUACGAAGACGUUUGGAUUGCGCUGUCCAAAGUUCUCAACUCUCCCAUUCACGUCGACGACUACAAACUCCGUAUUUACAAUUCCUUAAACACGUCAUCAUCAGAGACACGGCCUAGCUCGGAUGCUCAACCAACUCCAACCGCUGCUGCCUUGACCGGCUUCAUGUGUGGAAAUACGCCCCAGUCCGGCUGCCUUACCUCGGACCACAAUGUCCGCCUUCAUAGCUGCGAGAGCGGCAACAUGUGUCCGAUUGCGAAAGGAUCUUCAGUGGUCCGAAUCCAGCCCGUUGUCGCAUCAUUUCCUGAUGGCGGCGUUAUUCAAGAAGCUGGAAUAGGAGGGGGUGGCGAAGACUUGGAGCGCGAGCCGGAGCUUGGGGUCCUCAACCAGAACGAUCUCGAAAUCCUCUUCAGAAUAAUAGAUGCGUUGAAGAAUACGACAGAAGAAGCGCGAGGUGAAUGUGCUCGUGCUCUGACAAACGCCCUUACCAGUGGACGCGAUUUACAGCUCAAAAUGAGUCUUUCAUCUACUGAAGACGCUCAUUCGACCGACCUACAAAGAGCCAUGCUUUCUAUCAUCAAAAGUCAGUUGAUGGCAAUCCCCACUCGUAGCCAGGUCGAACAGCAGAGCGAAACAACUCUCCCAAACGUUAUCCGAUUUCCAUAUUCACGGCAUUCGUCCUAUGCCGAACUUUGCGAUCUGAUGAGUGCAUUCAAGCCAAGGGAUAUUUGGCCUUGCACAUUCCAUCUCGAGACUUGGCAGAAUAAUGCCAUGUCCAUCGAGUCGCUCUUUGGUAAAUAUUGCAGUGGCAACAUGUUCGCACACGACAUGAGAAUCAACAAUGUUGUGAAAGAAAUGAAAAAGCAUGUUCGCGAAGAGCCAGAGUCUCAGGGGUUAGAGAGCUGUGGUUCGAAUCCGGCUUCACCUAUGGCUCAAAUGCGGCCGAAUCCCUCCCAUGUCGGCGGACUCAGAGACACCGUUACCGUCACUGAGCAUGAUGGCCCAGUGCAGAAAGAAUACCAUGGACCACGAGAUUUGAUGAGAAAAGGAGCAUCUACACAAAAGUCAUUUGAAGUCUUGGCUUCUGGAGAUGACGAUGUUACGGGUGAAAACGAGUCGCAGGAAACCAAUACAUCCUUGACUUCAGCGCUUUCCGUACGACAUUCUUCGGUGAGAUGUGAUGCAUACGAUCGGAUGCUCCAAAAUUAUCAUGGCAAUGGCUGGAGUUCAAUCGAGCUUAUAUCCGUCGGCUGCAACCACAGCAUUGAAGAAAAAGAACUCUAG